GCUGCAAGGAAUUUCGUGAAAUCACAAUGGAUAUUUCGCCGAUCGAAGAUCUGAAGACCAUACCUGACGUGGUUCAACCGUAUCCUGGGCCAUCCGGUGGACGCGAGGCGGUAAUUGUUAUCGAUAAUGGAUCGUACAACUGCCGGGCCGGGUGGAUGCUUGCAGACAGACCGGCCUUAACGUUCCGCAAUCUGCUUGCAAAACCAAGGAAGGACCGGAACAAAAAGGAUCUGGAUGCUAUUGCCGUCCCCGUGACGCAAAUCGGCAACGAUAUUGUGAACAUCGAGGCUAUGCGGAUGCAAUUGCGCACGCAGUUCGACCGUAAUGUCGUUACGCAUUACAAUGUGCAGGAACAAAUAUUCGAUUACAUAUUCACAAAGAUGGGUAUCAAUACGAAGGAUUCGAUACCGCACAGGAUCAUGAUCACAGAGUGCCUGUUUAACCCCAACUACUGCCGGAGUUUGAUGUCGGAAUUGCUGUUCGAGUGCUAUGAGAUACCGGGUUUAUGUUAUGGUGUUGAUUGUCUUUUAAGUAACUAUUCUAAUCAGCGAGUGAAAAAUGGGCUCAUCAUUGCCACUGGCUACCAUACGACGCACGUCGUUCCAAUCGUUGAUGGUCGUAUAGUAGUGGAGAACGUACGGCGACUGAAUAUCGGUGGUUCAAAUAUGAUAGCGUUCCUGCAUCGUUGUUUACAACUAAAAUACACCAUCCACCUAAAUGCUAUUACGUUGAGCCGGUCGGAAGUACUACUGCAUAAAUAUGGCGAAUUUGCCUAUGAUUAUAUGGAAUCUCUAAAGGAUUGGGCAACCCUGGACUAUUACGAGAAAAAUGUAAAGAAAAUUCAACUGCCCUAUAAUCAGACAGCAACAGCUCCAACAAUGUCCACUGAGCAAAAAGUCGAAAAGAAAAAGGAGCUUUCGAGACGACUAGCAGAGAUCAACGCAAGGCGUCGUGAGGAACGUUUAGCUCAAGACGAAGAGCUGCUGAUUCAAUUGCAGCAGUUGGAAGAAUCCGCCGAAGAUGGUGACGACAUACGGGACGCUCUUGCUGAACACAGUCUCAAGGAUGCCGGCGAAUUGAAACGGAUGAUAACAACAGUUAAUUCGCGAAUUGAUAAAACACGCAUCAAAAUAAAUACGCCCAUCGCGGGAAAUUCUCUUCCACCCACAGAUACGGACAAGCUGCUACAGCCUCCACCGAAUAUGACCAUUGGAGAAUGGGUUCAAGAAACUCGUCGCAAGCGGGAAGCGAUUCUCGAAAAGCGACAAGCUAGACGCCAACGCAAACAGGAUUUGGCCAAACGGCGUACAGCCGCAGCCCAAGAACGGAUGCGCAUAAUUUCCCACCUAGCGCGGAAGGAAAAGGGAAGCGAUGAUUUCGGCAUGCGCGAUGAAGAUUGGGAUGUGUACAAGCAAAUCAGUCGUGAUGAAGACAGUGACAAUGAGAAUGAAAACGAACGUCUUCUGGAAUGUGAAAUCAUCCUGAAACAAUACGAUGCCACGUACGAGGAUCCUUUGCUGCUGAUGUCGGGUAGCGCAGCAGAAUUGUACCAACUGCAUGUAGGAGUGGAACGUAUUCGUGCCCCCGAGAUUCUCUUUCAACCAAGCAUAAUUGGAAGCUGUGAAGCUGGCCUAUCGGAAACGAUCGAUUUCGUGCUAAAACUGUUUCCGGCGGCACAAAGAAGCAGCUUAGUGGAAAAUAUAUUUAUUACGGGAGGGUGUGCGAAAAUCAAGGGCUUGAAGGAACGACUUGCGAGAGAAAUGCGUGAAAUACUGCCAUUCGAGUCGAGAUUCGAAAUUGAAAUUGCAAACGAUCCACUGCUGGACGGGUGGAACGGGGCUAGAAAAUUUUGUCUUACGGAAACGUUUCGCCAAUCAUUGAUAACACGUGCCGUCUAUGAAGAGUGUGGCGGGGAAUACCUGAAAGAGCAUUUUAAUAGUAAUGUUUAUUUUCCAACACCGAAAGUGUCUGCUGACGAGCUCCUUAAUUAGGGAUGUUAGUGGAUAGAUCAAUAAAUAUGUUUAG